AUGACAUCCAACACGCCAGUCGAAGACCUCAUCCGCGCAAAGUUAACAAGCGCCUUCACGCCGACAACCCUCCUAAUCCGCAACGACUCGCAUAAACACGCGCACCACGCGCCCAUGCGUGAUUCCACUUCGAAGGAAACUCACUUUCACGUAACAAUAACCUCCGCCUCAUUCGCAUCGAAACCCCAGCCCGCGCGACACCGAAUGGUCUACGGGUUACUGAAGGAGGAGAUGAGUCGGGAGGGUGGGAUCCAUGCGCUGCAGCUGCGGACGAAGACGCCGGAGGAAGAAGCGCGGGAGGCGGAGAGACAAUCUUGA